CUAAGUUUGAGCGAGCUGUAACGGACCUGUGUGUACGGAAAUUGCGUUUGAUAUUACUUUGCAUUUUCAAUGAGAUAUUGACUCUCUUUUACUGCUGCUGCGUAAGGAUAGGGCAAAGACACUUUCCAGUGAGCAUAUUAUCACGCUGUGCUGUGUAAGGAUAGGGCAAACACACUUUCCAGUGGGGAUAUAAUACUUUGUGCUGUGUAAGGAUAGGGCAAACACACUUUCCAGUGGGGAUAUAAUACUCUGUGCUGUGUAAGGAUAGGGCAAACACACUUUCCAGUGGGGAUAUAAUACUCUGUGCUGUGUAAGGAUAGGGCAAACACACUUUCCAGUGGGGAUAUAAUACUCUGUGCUGUGUAAGGAUAGGGCAAACACACUUGCCAGUGGGGAUAUUAUAACGCUGUGCUGUGUAAGGGUAGGGCACACACCCUUGCAAGUGGGGAUAUCAUAACGCCGUCCGGAAAGGAUAGACCAAACACUUGCAAGUAUUCAACAUUGUGAUUCCUGGGGCUAGGACAUGAUUUGUAUCCGAAAGUAAGUCCUAGAUACUUUUUAUAUCAAAUUGUUUCUUUCAAGUUUGAGCUUGCUGCUGUGUUCUCCCAUCUAGGGCAAUGCUCAAAACCAUGCAAUAUUGACUGCAUCUUUUUUUGGGAUGCAAUAAAACACAUGUUUAUUGAAAUAAAAUGAAUGAAAAAUUAAAAGCAACCUAUUUUAGGAGUACAUUUGGUAAUUUAAUGCAAAAUGUACAGGGGGCGACAGUCAUCGUAUACAAUUUGACAUCUUUUAAUUAAGGGUAUAGAUAAUCAUGAAUUUUAACAAGCAAAUGUGGCGUUUGUUCGAUCACCAUUCCGGCCAUUCACACUGCGUUAGUUCGAUCACCAUUCCGGCCAUUCACACUGCGUUAGUUCGAUCAUCAUUCCGGGCACCCCUCCCCCACUUCAAAAUGUUAAAAUAAAAAGUACAACGGUCCUAUUACGAUGUCCUAAAAUUCAAAUUAAUUCAGUUCUUUUUUAAAAUUUAAAAAAAACAUUUUUUUUAGAAAAAUUAAUAAAAUAGGUUUUGCUGUGGUAAAAAAACAUGUUCCUGUGAUGAUGUCAUCUCUAUAUGUCUGUAAUAGUGUCAUCUCUAUAUGUCUGUAAUAGUGUCAUCUCUAUAUGUCUGUAAUAGUGUCAUCGCUAUAUGUCUGUAAUAGUGUCAUCGCUAUAUGUCUGUAAUAGUGUCAUCGCUAUAUGUCUGUAAUAGUGUCAUCGCUAUAUGUCUGUAAUAGUGUCAUCACUAUAUGUCUGUAAUAGUGUCAUCGCUAUAUGUCUGUAAUAGUGUCAUCGCUAUAUGUCUGUAAUAGUGUCAUCGCUAUAUGUCUGUAAUAGUGUAAUCGCUAUGUGUCUGUAAUAGUGUCAUCGCUAUAUGUCUGUAAUAGUGUCAUCGCUAUAUGUCUGUAAUAGUGUCAUCGCUAUAUGUCUGUAAUAGUGUCAUCGCUAUAUGUCUGUAAUAGUGUCAUCGCUAUAUGUCUGUAAUAGUGUCAUCGCUAUAUGUCUGUAAUAGUGUCAUCGCUAUAUGUCUGUAAUAGUGUCAUCGCUAUAUGUCUGUAAUAGUGUCAUCUCUAUAUGUCUGUAAUAGUGUCAUCGCUAUAUGUCUGUAAUAGUGUCAUCGCUAUAUGUCUGUAAUAGUGUAAUCGCUAUGUGUCUGUAAUAGUGUCAUCGCUAUAUGUCUGUAAUAGUGUCAUCGCUAUAUGUCUGUAAUAGUGUCAUCGCUAUAUGUCUGUAAUAGUGUCAUCGCUAUAUGUCUGUAAUAGUGUCAUCGCUAUAUGUCUGUAAUAGUGACAUCGCUAUAUGUCUGUAAUAGUGUCAUCGCUAUAUGUCUGUAAUAGUGUCAUCGCUAUAUGUCUGUAAUAGUGUCAUCUCUAUGUGAUAGUUUAGAUACAAUUAAAAUCUCUUAGACAAUCCGACAGUCGAACAUGAUUCGUAAACACAAAUGGAAGAGCGAACCGUCAUUAUACAAGACAGGACAUGAGUCGUACACACAAAUGGGAGGGCGAACCGUCACAGCAAUUAAACAAGACAGGGCGCUAGUUUUGGUUAACUGCUAACCUAACAGUACCUUACACAGUUAAACAAUUCGGUACAAAUGCGCCAGGCUACGUAAUGUACCAGAUGAUGUGUUGUGGAAGACUGUGCUGACUGUUGUACCUUUUUUUACACAUCGGUCCGGCAAAAUUAAACACUGUCUUAUCGUGUACCUUCAUUAUAUCAGGCUGUGACGUAUACGAGUAUACGCUUUUUUCGUGUUGUACCAGAUUUGUGCUGUACAUUAAUUUUGUGUUGUACUGGGGCUGUGCUAUGCGGCUUCAUUGUCUUGCACCGGGAAAUGCUGUCUCGUACCAUUUGUUUGGCACACCGAAUAAAAGUACUCCCCACACCGCACAUUGACAGACGACCUGUCAGCGACACGUGUUGUUUCCGAUAGGCAAACAAAAGGCUUAAACAAACUCACACAGGUUGUACAAACAGACAGACCCGCUGUGCUGAGGUCAGACUACGGGUUAGACAUUGCGGACACCGUUGGCAAAUUUGGGGUACUUCGGAAUUUUAAUGGAGUUUUAAUAAGUUCCAACUUUUCACAACUCACGGCACAUUGAACUUGCCACGAAUACGGCACAUGGAGCACGGCACUAUAAAUUGGUAAAGAAUACGGCACACGGAGUACGGCACAAUAAACUUGCAACGAAUACGGCACAAGGAGUACGGCACAAUAAACUUGCAACGAAUACGGCAUACGGAGCGCGGCACAAUAAACUUGCAACGAAUACGGCACACGGAACGUGGCACAAUAAACUUGCAACGAAUACGGCACACGGAGCGUGGCACAAUAAACUUGCCACGAAUACGGCACACGGAGCGCGGCACAAUAAACUUGCAACAAAUACGGCACACGGAACGCGGCACAAUAAACUUGCAACGAAUACGGCACACGGAGUGCGGCACAAUAAACUUUUAACGAAUACGGCACACUGAGCACCGCACAAUAAACAUAUAACAAAUACGGCCCACUGAGCGCGGCACAAGGCAUAUUAAACAUUUUCCCCCAUUCAUCCAUGCUCCUUUCAUUCCUUCUAUACCUCCAUCCAUCCAUUCUAUCUAUACACCCAUCCUUCUUUCUAUAUAUCCAUUCAGGCUCCUUUCAUUCUAUCUACUUAUCUAUCCACUCAGCCUUCCUUUUUUUUAAUCCAUCCAUGCUCCUUUCAUUCUAUCUAACUUUCCACCCAGCCUUCUUUCUAUCUAUCCAUCCAUGCUCCUUUCAUUCUAUCUAACUUUCCACCCAGCCUUCUUUCUAUCUAUCCAUCCAUGCUCCUUUCAUUCUAUCUAACUUUCCACCCAGCCUUCUUUCUAUCUAUCCAUCCAUGCUCCUUUCAUUCUAUCUAUCCAUCCAUGCUCCCUUCAUUCUAUCUAACUUUCCACCCAGCCUUCUUUCUAUCUAUCCAUCCAUGCUCCCUUCAUUCUAUCUAACUUUCCACCCAGCCUUCUUUCUAUCUAUCCAUCCAUGCUCCUUUCAUUCUAUCUAUCCAUCCAACCUUCAUUCUAUCUAUCCAUCCAUGUUCCUUUCCUUCUAUCUAUCCAUCCAACCUUCUUUCUUUCUAUCCAUCCCUGUUCAUUCAUACUUCAUUCCAGCCUUAUUUCUAUCCAUCCAUCCAUACCUCUCUCAUUGUAUCUAUGUAUCCAUACAGUCUUCUUUAUAUCUACCCAUCCAUGCUUCUUUUAUUCUACCCAUCCAUCCAUUAUGCAAACAUCGACCCACUCAACCAUUCAUAUGUGGACCAUCCUUCGAACAUCAUCAGAACAUCAUCAGAACACCAUCAGAAAAUCAUCAGAACAUUAUCAGCACAUCAUCAGAACACCUCAAAAGACUGAGUAUCCCAAUAAAUAUAUCUUAACCUUAACAUUUAAAGUAAACUUUGACCUUCCAAAGGUUGAAGACCUGCUGGAGACCCUCGACGCCAUGUUGCCUUCUCGUGGCGGCCAUGACACUCAUUCUGGCCAGCUUCAUCGUGUUGCCCCAUCUCCUGCCUCAAAACAUCCGGUACAGGGAUGCCGUCGAGCUGACCUACCGCCUUGCAGCUCAUUUAUACAGGUAACUAAACUAAUCAGGGGUGGCAACUUUAUUGAUCUGUUGGCUUCUGGGAGGAGUUGUUGGUCAGCGUGACUUACAGACUUACUUUAAAAAAAUUAGUCUACGCCUGGCACCGGACGAAGGGCUUGCCAGUUACUGCCGCGUCAGACAAAAUGGCCUGGGUAUGUGAAGACUCUCUCAACAUUUCUGACUGGUUAACUAGUAGCAGUAUAAAAUCUUUGUGUGUUCCUUGUGAAUUUUGUCGACCACCUACAUUACCAUUGCAUUAACCACCUACAUUACCAUUGCAUUAACCACCUACAUUACCAUUGCAUUAAUCACCUACAUUACCAUUGCAUUAACCACCUACAUUACCAUUGCAUUAACCACCCACAUUACCAUUGCAUUAACCACCCACAUUACCAUUGCAUUAACCACCUACAUUACCAUUUUUAUAAACCACCUACAUUACCAUUGCAUUAACCACCUACAUUACCAUUUCAUUAACCACCUACAUUACCAUUUUUAUAAACCACCUACAUUACCAUUGCAUUAAUCACCUACAUUACCAUUGCAUUAACCACCUACAUUACCAUUGCAUUAAUCACCUACAUUACCAUUUUUAUACACCACCUACAUUACCAUUGCAUUAACCACCUACAUUACCAUUUUUAUAAACCAACUUCAUUACCAUUGCAUUAAUCACCUACAUUACCAUUGCAUUAACCACCUACAUUACCAUUUUUAUAAACCACCUACAUUACCAUUGCAUUAACCACCUACAUUACCAUUUUUAUAAACCACCUGCAUUACCAUUUUUAAAAACCACCCACAUUACCAUUGCAUUAACCACCUACAUAAAUUUUUUUAUAAACCACCUACAUUACCAUUGCAAUAACCACCCACAUUACCAUUGCAUUAACCACCUACAUUACCAUUUUUAUAAACCACCUACAUUACCAUUGCAUUAAUCACCUACAUUACCAUUUUUAUAAACCACCAACAUUACCAUUGCAUUAAUCACCUACAUUACCAUUUUUAUAAACCACCUACAUUACCAUUUCAUUAACCACCCUCAUUACCAUUGCAUUAACCACCUACAUUACCAUUUUUAUAAACCACCCACAUUAUCAUUGCAUUAACCACCUACAUUACCAUUGCAUUAACCACCUACAUUACCAUUUUUAUAAACCACCCACAUUACCAUUGCAUUAACCACCUACAUUACAAUUUUUAUAAACCACCUACAUUACCAUUGCAUUAAUCACCUACAUUACCAUUUUUAUAAACCACCAACAUUACCAUUGCAUUAAUCACCUACAUUACCAUUUUUAUAAACCACCUACAUUACCAUUUCAUUAACCACCCUCAUUACCAUUGCAUUAACCACCUACAUUACCAUUUUUAUAAACCACCCACAUUACCAUUGCAUUAACCACCUACAUUACAAUUUUUAUAAACCACCUACAUUACCAUUGCAUUAAUCACCUACAUUACCAUUUUUAUAAACCAACUUCAUUACCAUUUUUAUAAACCACCAACAUUACCAUUGCAUUAAUCACCUACAUUACCAUUUUUAUAAACCACCUACAUUACCAUUUCAUUAACCACCCUCAUUACCAUUGCAUUAACCACCUACAUUACCAUUUUUAAAAACCACCCACAUUACCAUUGCAUUAACCACCUACAUAAAAUUUUUUAUAAAGCACCUACAUUACCAUUGCAUUAACCACCCACAUUACCAUUGCAUUAACCACCUACAUUACCAUUUUUAUAAACCACCUACAUUACCAUUGCAUUAAUCACCUACAUUACCAUUUUUAUAAACCACCAACAUUACCAUUGCAUUAAUCACCUACAUUACCAUUUUUAUAAACCACCUACAUUACCAUUUCAUUAACCACCCUCAUUACCAUUGCAUUAACCACCUACAUUACCAUUUUUAUAAACCACCCACAUUAUCAUUGCAUUAACCACCUACAUUACCAUUGCAUUAACCACCUACAUUACCAUUUUUAUAAACCACCCACAUUACCAUUGCAUUAACCACCUACAUUACAAUUUUUAUAAACCACCUACAUUACCAUUGCAUUAAUCACCUACAUUACCAUUUUUAUAAACCACCAACAUUACCAUUGCAUUAAUCACCUACAUUACCAUUUUUAUAAACCACCUACAUUACCAUUUCAUUAACCACCCUCAUUACCAUUGCAUUAACCACCUACAUUACCAUUUUUAUAAACCACCCACAUUACCAUUGCAUUAACAUCCAACAUUAACAUUUUUAUAAACCACCUACAUAACCAUUGCAUUAACCAUCUACAUUACCAUUUUUAUAAACCACCCACAUUACCAUUGCAUUAACCACCUACAUUAUCAUUGCAUUAACCAUCCGCAUUACCAUUGCAUUAACCACCUACAUUACCAUUGUAUUAUUAUGUGUGUUUCAACAUGCUGUGCUUUUCUUUUUACUUCGACACAACAUUAUGGGGGACAUAUAUCAGUUGCGUCUGCUAUGUCCAUGGUAAACCUAAAAAUAGAAAUGUUUAGGGGGGCCUCCCCCACAACUCAACCCCAUCACCCCACUCCCACCACUCACCCCACCACUCACCCCCACCACCCCACUCCCACCACUCACCCCCACCACCCCACUCCCACCACUCAACCCCACCUACCACUCACCCCCACCACCCCACUCCCACCACCCCACUCCCACCACUCACCCCACCACCCCACCACUCACCGCCACCACCCCACCACUCACCCCCACCACCCCACCCCCAACACUCACUUCCCUUUGAUGUCAUGAGCACGUGGUUAUUUUGAUCAAUAGCUAAUCCAAACGGGCCUUCUGGAGUGCACGUGUUGUUGAUGCAACGGUUACAACAAACAGGGUGUUACAAUGUAUACCAUGAUACUUCAUCUUGUCUGAAUCAUGGUGUGGCUUAAUCAACGGUUCCCAAAUUGUGAAUGUAUUUGAUCAAGAAAAAAGGUAACCCAGGACGAUAAUCAGUUACAAAGUUGACAUGUUGUGAUUUCAUCAAGUUGUAGUUAUGUUGAGGUUUGCUCAUGUUGUAGAAAUGAUGUGGUUUCAUCUAGCUGUAGAUAUGUUGUGACUUCAGCAAUAUGUAGAUAUGGUUUAGUUUUAUUCAGACGUAAAUGCCGUAUAUUUUCAGUUUCGUUGGAACCUCUUGCCACCAAAGUAACCAUCCUGUUGUAUCCUGUGUGUUAUAGCAGGUCAGGUGUGUUUUAGCCUCUAAGUGUUAAACUAAAUGGACCCAGACAUGCAACGGUACCAUUAGACUCAAGCUAUUCGGAUGUGACUUGUGGCAGUUUAUUUUAGUUAAACUGAAAAAUUAAGUUUACAUACAUAUAUCCCAUUCAAUUAUCUUUCAUUUGAUACGUAGUUUUGCCUUACAAACCAAACAAUAAAAUUUAAAUAGUUUUUUUUUAAUCCCAACCUCUCACUUCAGGUACCCGGGUACGAAUAUUCGCAGCAAAUCUUAACACAGAUUAAAUUUGCAAAGCCAUACAACUGUGUUUGACAAUCCCAGUACUUGAUAACACCUGGGUUAAUUACAAGAUAGCAUUGGUUUCCAGGGCAUGGUCUUAAGGUGUGUAACACAUGAACUAUUGGGGCCACGUGCAGUGAUUGCGACAAGACUACAAUAUUAAAUUUAAACCAGUAUACAAGGCCUUUCAAGGGGAGACCGGCAAUAAUCUAGGAUCUAAAAUGCGAGGCGAGGUUUGCCUCCGUCGUGUUGCAGGCACGCUGUCUGCUCUCGGGCAGUCGGGGAAGUGGUCCAACAAUACGCGGAUGAUUUUGUUGAAACAUUCGGUGGACCAAGUGACGUAUCACGUAAAAGGCGAUUCGGUAACGUGCGGAUGGUCGGUGGAUUCCUGACCAAGCAGCCAUUGCAGCAUCUUACCGUCAGUACGGUUUAUGGCAAGGGUCCGCAUACUACGGCACCUAUGGCCAGGCUUGGCACGCGUGUCUGAUUAGAACACAGAGCGGUUUUGACUGCCAUGCGGAAGUCCAACACAUAAUAAAUGAUGACAAUUUAAAAAAAAAAAAAUAGAAUAAAACUCUAACUUUAUAAAGUAGACAUUACGGUGGCGGCCACGCUGAAGGGAUUACAAAUGCUACUUUGGCGCAUUCUUACCAACAGGUUCCCGGGCCUUUGUUCUACGGUACACGACCCAACAGAAGCUGCUGGUCGCCAUGGUGUUAGCAGCGACCACAAGCUCAUUGGCCGUUUCAAGAUCAUGACUUUCUGUUAGUGUACAAGCAAUUUGUUCAAGCCGUUGUCGGAGUCGCUAGAUAGCGUGACAAAAUCGUUAAAUUUUAAGAUGUAAAAAGUGAGCUGAUAUUUGAGUUAAUUUAUUACUCUGUCUUUUCUUUUAUUAAAAGAACAUUUUAAAAUAUUUUUUCCCCCUCCUAACACAUCCGAGAGGUACAUUUAAAUAAUAUUUUAUAAGAGAGUAUCACACGCAAUUUAUGAUUUUAUUAGCAUUAUUAUAUAUUUUAAUUACAUUAGGAAUUUCACAGACCGAAAGAAAGUCACAGACCUAAGGUAAGUCACAGACCUAAAGUAAGUCACAGACCUAGGGUAAGUCACAGACCUAAAGUAAGUCACAGACCUAAAGUAGGUCAAAUACCUAAAGUAAGUUACAAACCUAAAGUAAGUCAUAGGCCUAAAGUAAGUCACAGACCUAAAUUAAGUCACAGACCUAAAGUAAGUUACAGACCUAAAGUAAGUUACAGACCUAAAGAAAGUAAGUCACAGACCUAAAGUAAGUUACAGACCUAAAGAAAGUCACAGACCUAAAGUAAGUCACAGACCUAAAGUAAGUCACAGACCUAAAGUAGGUCAAAUACCUAAAGUAAGUUACAAACCUAAAGUAAGUCAUAGGCCUAAAGUAAGUCACAGACCUAAAUUAAGUCACAGACCUAAAGUAAGUUACAGACCUAAAGUAAGUUACAGACCUAAAGAAAGUAAGUCACAGACCUAAAGUAAGUUACAGACCUAAAGAAAGUCACAGACCUAAAGUAAGUCACAGACCUAAAGUAAGUCACAGACCUAAAGUAGGUCAAAUACCUAAAGUAAGUUACAAACCUAAAGUAAGUCAUAGGCCUAAAGUAAGUCCCAGACCUAAAGUAAGUCACAGACCUAAAGUAAGUUACAGACCUAAAGAAAGUAAGUCACAGACCUAAAGUAAGUCACAGGCGCACAAUUUGAGUCAAAAAUUGCUCAACCCUUAUCUGAAGUUAUCUAUAAACAGUAUAGAAAAUGACCGUCCCAUGUAAUCUGCUAGAAACUGGACCUAUGGUGUUUUUAUAAUGCCCGCACCCCGUACACAACGAAAGCACGGCCACUAGAUUUGUUUCAUACACAACAAAAGUCUAAGAACAUAACUUUUACUAAGCGAUGAAAAACAAAAUGGUAAAAAGUUGUUUAAUUACAACAACAACAAAAAUUGGAAAUCAGUAGCAUUUUAAAUUUCAAUUUUUUCUUCAGCCCAGAAACGACAGAGCUCACCUUCAAACAGGCGAACGGUCGCAGUCACAACACAACACAGUACAACACAACACACAUCAAAUGGAAUAAAACGACCGAAAAGUCGAUCAACAAACGAACGGCUCCAAGUGAACGCACCGCGGGGGUGAAACGGUCCGGAGGAGGUGACUCAAAGCGGUACCUGAUCUACCGGUGCGAUGACAAAGAGUACUGCUACGGUCUGGGCGACAGGCAGAGGGCGAUCGUCAGUGUUUAUCUGCUGGCUGAACUGACCAAUCGGACGUUCGGAAUCAUCAUGACGUCGCCGUCCAACUUCAGCGAGUUCUACAAGCCCAGGCUGGUCAACUGGGACAUUCCGUCAUCGGAGCUGGAGGGAAAGACAUUCAUCGAGUUAAAGGUACAAUUUAUUCUUAUUUGUUGAUUAUGUUCUUAGUGGGGGGAAAUUUCAUUAUUUAAAAUUGUGAAUUGUUUAAUAUUUUAAUUUUUUUCUUUUAAAUUAUAAAAAUAUGAAUACAUGUUACGUCCCAGAUUUGUGUUCUUGGGAGUUAGGGGUCAUCGGAAACUACUGGAAACAAUUUCUAUAUCAGUGGUACCAUUACCAAACUGGUGGCUUGCGCACAAAAUGUGAUUUCAAUUGAGAGUAUGUCUGCACAGCUACUUAAAGAUAACAACGCCAAGCUCACAAAACCAAAACGAUUUUGUCAUUCAUAUAAUUGUUCGAUAUUUUCAUAAAACGUUUUCCGGGAAUAGUUAUUUCCCUUCUCAUUACAUUUAAAAUUAAGAACAAGAGAAAAAAAAAGAACUAAAAUAUUAAUUGUAAUACAUGCACUAUAAAUUUUAAAAAAAUGUAAUGACUUUACACCCCCCUCCACCCCGCCCCCCCCCCCUCACAGGUUCUAGGACCCCAAGCAGACAUCAAACUUGAUCGGGUGGAUAUAAACGUUGAAUAUCCACAGGACGUGGUCUACAUAAGGACCAAUCAGAAAUUUCACUACUCGCUCAAGAAGAAUCCGUUUUACAAAGACAGGUUCCCGAAAUGGGCGCAGGUCCCCCACUGGAAGCUGUACCAGGACGGCUGGAUGAGGUUGAUGACGCCAACGGCGGAACUGAGACGAGAUCUCAACGAGAUGCUCAUCAGGAUUGUGGGGGUGAUGGAAGAGGAGCAGAGGGCGUGGCACACCGUCAAGCAGACCGGUUGCUGUGCUGCGGUCAACAAUUCAACCAAUGGGGGCGUCCCUGUUUCGUGCGGUGCCGCGAGUGAACUGAGCAAUGUUGCAAACAAUACACACAUAAAUAGAACAUGUUUAGAACAGCGAAAGACCACCUGUAUCCGCAAUGGCACCAAGUGUACACCUCAAUGUACGAAUGGUACAAAUUGUACAACUCAAUGUACCAAUGGUACAAAGUGUACACCUCAAUGUACGAAUGGUACAAAGUGUACACCUCAAUGUACCAAUGACAUUAAGUGUACACCUCAAUGUACGAAUGGUACAAAGUGUAUACCUCAAUGUGCCAGUGUAACUAAACAGUGUAUAUAUAACUGCACUAAGAGUUUAUCUAACUGUACCAAUGAGAAAUGCUUAAAGAACACGUUACAGAACGAUAACUCGACGUGUUCGAACAAUGGCAGUCAUUGUGUUGAAGUACUGCGUAGUCAAUUUAAAAAUAGCACGGACAAAUCUCGUGUGCCUUCCAUUGCAAGAAAUCUUUGCAGUUCGCCAUUUUCCUUAUCUAAACAACAUAAUGUUUCCGUGGAAAGUGUCCGUGUGUCAAAAGGUUACGAUGUACAAGACAUGAAUUUAGUGUGUGCCCACAUACGGCUGGGACACAGCUCAUCGAUGCCGUUUGAGACCAAUGUGAGAAACAGACCCGGUGAGGAGAAGGUGGUCUGGGAAUUCCUCAAGCCGUACGUGGCCAAUGGCCAUCAUGUUUACCUGGCUUCGGAUUCUGAGCAGGUAACCACAAUCCAUUUUUCUGUAAUCGCCGGAAAUGACGUUUGAUUUUUAGAAAAUUGUUUAGAUUUCUUUAGAGAUAAUAAUUUUUGUUUUGUUACGUCGGUAAUACUUCUAAAAGGAGUUUUAGCACAUGAAACUGUAUCACAUGAAACGGUAUCACAUGAAACUGUAGCACAUGAAAAUAUAGCACAUGGAACUCUAGCACAUGUGUACACUCUAUUUCAGAAAUAAAUAUAAUGUCUUUUGGGGAAUUUUGGGGUAGGACUAAAAAAGAACGAAGAUAUGUCAGGUUUUGAGCAACCAACUGGGCUGCUCAAGGAUAUAUGACAGGAGUAUGGCUGGAACUCACGGGUAAAUUAACCAGAGUAUGACAGGGAAUCAGUGGUAUGAAGGGAUUAAGAUGAUUAACAAUGGGUGUGACGGGAGUAAAACACUCACGGCUUUGCGUGGAUAUGUUUGAGACACUGGUGUAGGGCAGCGUUUCCCAAGUAUUAUGUUUGGCGGACCGGUGGACAAGUGGACCGGUGGACAAGUGGACCAGUGGACAAGUUUCGAAAAUGAAUCAGGGACCGGUUCCAUAUUUAUUUAUUAUAUUUUCUUUAUUUGAUCAUAAAUAUUGAUGUUGUGCGGACCGGUGUCAUUCCAUGGUCCACCAUUUGGGGAUCGCUGGUUAAGGGUAGGCCAGGGUCUGAUUGGAAAAGGGGUGGGGGGGGUCUUACUUUAGGGGCAAUGACAGGAAAUGACGAAUUAAAUUAUAAAAUUUAAAAUGCUACCCAAUUAUAAAAUUGUUGUAUAUUUGUCCAUGAUUCCACGUCAUCAACAGGUUCGCCAGAAAGCCAAGGCUUUGUUUGGCUACCGACUCCACAUCAGCUCCAUCCCAAUAGUCCACAUCGCCAGUGUACAGAAAGGUCAAGACAAGAGGCUGGGAUUUAGGUAACAUAUUCUGUAGGGGAUUUCAUACCAACGUAAAAUGCUAUCGUCUCAUUCGCUAAUAUAUUUCAGUCUAACACCCGAUUGCCAUUGUCUAAAAAUAGUGACAUUACGUAACGCGAUGUGACGUUUUCCGGUCUUAGGAAUAACAACAAACCCUAUGCUAUGUAUUGAUAAUAAUAUUUCACAAUAACAUUAUUUUCUUAAUCCCGCAGAGAUUAUUUUUAAAGUUUAUAAAGGAAAUGUUUAAUAGGGAAUAAUUUAAAUGGUAUCAUGUAUGACGUCCCCGGUCUAACUUAUUGAAGUCUGGACUUUGCCUUAACGUUAUACAAACAAAUAUUUGACUCUGACUCAACUCAUUUUUUUUACAUUUCUUGUAGGCUCGCAUUAAUGGAACAACUUCUGCUGGCCACUUCCUGUUCCGUCCUGGUGGUUAGCUACAGCGGGUUCAGCAUGAAGGCAGCUCAGAUCAGACACAUUCUCAGACCGGAAGCGGACAGUUUGUUCAUCUACAGGGCGGGGAAAGUAGUACCUGUCCAGAUUCACAGUUUGCAAUAAGGUCACAUACCAAUACGCAUGAUCCUGGCUAUGUGACGUAGACAUUCAGCCAAAUACGCAUGAUCCUGGCUAUGUGACGGAGACAUUCAGCCCAAUACGCCUGAUCCUGGCUAUGUGACGGAGACAUUCAGCCCAAUACGCAUGAUCCUGGCUAUGUGCCGGAGACAUUCAGACCAAUACGCAUGAUCCUGGCUAUGUGACGUAGACAUUCAGCCAAAUACGCAUGAUCCUGGCUAUGUGACGGAGACAUUCAGCCCAAUACGCAUGAUCCUGGCUAUGUGACGGAGACAUUCAGCCCAAUACGCAUGAUCCUGGCUAUGUGACGUAGACAUUCAGCCCAAUACGCAUGAUCCUGGCUAUGUGACGGAGACAUUCAGCCCAAUACGCAUGAUCCUGGCUAUGUGACGUAGACAUUCAGCGGAUUUGAGAUUUUAUCAAAUGUGGAUUAUGCCAAAUUCAUUGAAAUCCCAAUGCGUCAGAAUGUUCAAUGGCAUAACUUGACUGUUUGUGUGGCUAAGUUUAUUGGGGGAAACAGUCAUCAUCACAGGGGUCCAUGGUAAUCAUCAUAGGAGUCCUUGGACAUCUUCUUAGGAGUCCGUACCAUUAUCAUCGGAGUCUGUACCAUUAUCAUAAUGGUCCUUGGCCAUCAUCAUAGUAGUCGGUGGCCAUCAUCAUAGGUGUUCUUGGCCAUCAUCAUAGGUGUUCUUGGCCAUCAUCAUAAGGGUCCGUACCAUCAUCAUAGGGGUCAAGGGCGAUCAUCAUAGGGCUCCAGUUCCAUUAUCAUAGGGAUCCAUGGCUAACAUAUUAGGGGUCCGUGGCUAUCAUCGAAGGGGUCCGUACCAUUAUCAUAGGAGUCCGUAACCAUCAUCAUAGGAGUCCGUACCAUCAUAACAGGAGUCCGUCGCCAUCAUUAUAGGGAUCCAGUCCAUCAUCAUAGGAGUCCAUAGCUAACAUAUUAGGGGUCCGUGGCUAUCAUCAUAGUGGCCCAUGCCAUCAUCAUAGGGGUCCGUGGCAAUCAUCAUAUGAAGUUGUUGACUCAUAAAGCUUAAGAAUAAGAAGUCUGCCUAGCAUUUCUUUACGUCACUGGCUUGGGAUUCCCAUGCGUGUAAACCAUUACACUACUGGGGUCACGAGCUUUGUGGGGGAAAUUAUAACACCGACUUCGUGCUUCAUUCAAAACCAUGUACUGACACCAUUAUUGGCGAUCGCCAGUGGUGUAGCUAGAGUUGCACGGUCCCUGGUGUUCGACUUGUUUAAACAUCUUAAAUUAAUAUUUUUCUUUUAUACUUUUCAAAAAUUCUCGGGCCCCCUUUUGGCUUCGGGCCCUGGUGUGGUGGCACCCCCUGCACCGCUGUGGCUACGCCCCUGGCGAUCGCAGUAUUGUCAAGGAGGAAAAGGGUAGGGGUCAGAUGUCACCCGAAAUUAUUAAUUUACUUACUAGUCAUCUAGAGAAAAUAGUAACAAGAAGUGCUCCCCCACCCCACCUAACAACCAGGUUCGCAGCCGCAGACUUUUUUCACGCCCCUGAACUAUAAUAAUGUUAUGUCCCACCCACUUUUAUACCGCAGAUUUAUAACACAUUUAAAUUCAGACAAUUUCCUUUUAAAAAAAAGAAAAUAUUACGCACCAAACGCACUUUAAUAACCUCUUUCCUACUUUAAAAGUUGAAAGUAUUUAAAAAAAAAGAAAUAUACAUUUUUAAAAAGAGUUUCAAUGAUUGACAAUUAAGAUAAGAUAAGAUUAUUUUAUGGAUCUAAAUAAAUGCUAAUGUGUGUUUGAUUGCAUUGUACGUAUUCAUAUUCAGCACAAUGAUACAUUAUUUUAGCAAGAGCUACUUCAAGACAUUAUAAGUAUGGACCUUUAUAAGGUAAGGUAGGUUCACUCAAUAAGAUUUCAAAUACAUGUAUUUAGCAUCGAAUGCUGUGUAAACCGUGUGGUAACUAUAGACUGGCCUUAAACUUAAAUAUUCGGAUCAUCAAAAAGAUCGACAGCCACGGUAAUUGUUUGCACCAAAUCCCUUAUUUUAAUCAGCGGGAGUUAGGGCUAAAAUUUAAUACUAUUUGUACAAUGUAUCGAAAAUUAGAUUUUCUUUUUAAAUAGCCCAAUAUUUUUAUUUUAUUUUUGCACACAGUUGUCUCGGGGGUUGGGGGAGGGGGGCAGUUGACGUUCCCUGGGUGGCUACCCCCCCAACUCCCCCCGAGAUGCCUGAAAGAAAUACUGAGACUCAUGACCUUAGCUGUUAUCAUAAUUGUAAAUAGGAUGUUCAUUAAAUUAUUCGUCUCAAAUGUCUUCCGAUAAAAUAAAUAUUUUGUUUUCAUACAACUACGAUGUCAUUUGGUUACACUGCAAGAUUUCUUUCAUGUAGUCCCAACCCCAUGGCAAUCUCCUGUCAUUUUGUGAGGCGGGAGUUUCGAGUCCACGUAGGUGAGCAAUGGCACGACUGCACAACUGUUUCUACAGGACUAAAAAAGAUACCUGUAAAUUACGCAAUCAUUUUUCUUUAGCUAAUGUCAUUUUAAUUCCACAAUCAAACAUCCACUUUCCCUGUCACGUUACUCGUAAAAUCUUUAGCCCUCACAUUCCGAGCCUUAACUGUGAUAUGGAGGUGCGUCACUGGGACGGGAUUGCUAAGUUGUCACAGCCCGCUGAAGUUGAUACUUUAUAAGUGGUCGUAAAUAAAUACAAGAACAGGAUGUCACCAGAGCAAGGUGACACAAGAGCAGGGUGCCCUUAAUAGCAGGGUGCUACAAGAGCAUCGUGCCACCAGUGCAGAAAGCCACCAUAGGAGGGCAUCACAAGUGCAGGGUGUAAUCAGAGUAGGAUAACACAAGAGCAGUGUGCUGCAAAAGCAUGGGGGUUACAAGAACAGGGUGCCACCAGUGCAGGUUGCCAUCAGCACAGGGUGCCACCAGCACAGGGUGCCACCAGCACAGGGUGCCACCAGCACAGGGU